AUGGCAGAUGAGGACGAUGACAAAUGGAAGACCAACGUGAUCAACGAUGGCAAGGUGAAGAAAGGAAAGAAGAAGAAGAAAAAGAAGCAAAAGGAAGGCGAGGAAUGGGAAAAGGUGGAAAUGCAACCACCACCCACUACCAGUAAUCAAAAGAAGAGUGGUACAGCUCCAUCUGGCGGCACAAAGAAGAGCAACAAAAAGAACAACAAAAAGACGGUAAAAAAGAGUAACUCGUCGUCUCCUUCCGAACCAAAAAAGAGAAUUAUCCGUGUGGGACACAAGACCAUGGAAAUUGAAGAUCCACCCAAGACCUUGCUAUUGAUUUGGAUCCUCAUGGCGGCCAAACUCGUUCUGGAUCUCGUGACUUCGGCGAUUGCCUUUACUGCCUUUUUGGAGGAACCAGGAUUGUGCUGUGAUACCCCCAUCAACACGGGGUUGGGUCCACUGGCAGUGGUCAUUCCAUUUUUCAUCUUGGUUCUUCUCGAGCUAGUCUUUCUACUGAGAAGUGUCGUCUUGACGCUCUUUCCCUGGAUGAUGGUAUCCGAUGUCGAGGAUCAGAAAAAGUGCAGCCUCACAAAUUGGAAUGCCAAAUUUUGCGUUUGGAUGGUCAAUAUUCUUACCAUUAUCAACCCCUACUUUGGGCUUGGAAUUUCUUGGAUGUUGAUGUACCAAUCCGACAAGGUCGAAGCUUUGACCGUUAUGGGAUUGGAGUUGGCAACCAUUAUUUUGCACUUUAUUUCGGUCAAAUUGGAAAAUGCGGCCAGUAACUGGCUACUCAAGCUGAUGCACGCAUCCAUCGUCCUUCCAUGGUUGGCUGGUAUGAGUAUCAACGUUUGGUACAUUAACCGAGGGGGAGUCUGCUACGAUUCUGCUUUGGAAACCUUUUGGUGGAAGGGAUGCGAAAUCUGUCCCAGUGGCCUUCAACCUGUCAAUGACACCUUGUGCCCCACCACGACUUUGGUGAAUGGAACGAACGUGACCACGUAUGAGGAUAUUGCAAUUUGGGACCUUGGUUCGGCUACCAAUUGUGCAGCGGAUCCUCAAGUGUGCUGGUUUGAGUACUAG